AUGGCCCACAUCUUCGAUAUGCCUGUUGACUACCCCUACAUCAAUGGACAAAAGACAGGCGACCAGGUCAAAUACCCCCACACCCCUGUUUUCCAGACCUUCAAUCUACCAUGCCGACUCGAAGGCGACAUCUUCGACCUCGAAGUCGACGGCACGAUACCACCCGAGAUCAACGGAACAUUCUUCAGGAUUCAACCUGAUCACCGAUUUCCCCCACUCUUCGAAGAGGAUAUCCACUUCAGUGGCGACGGCAAUGUAACCGCAAUCCGAAUUCAGAAUGGCCAUGCAGACUUCAAACAACGAUAUAACAAGACCGAUAGGUUCAUCGCAGAAACCGCAGCUCGGAAAAGCCUAUUUGGCAAAUACCGGAACCCUUACACGGACUCUGACUCUGUGAAAGGGGUGAUUCGCACUGUAGCCAAUACGAACAUAACCUUCUGGCGUGGAAUGCUCCUUGCGACGAAAGAAGAUGGUCCCCCGUACGCUAUGGAUCCUGUCACGCUAGAGACGAUUGGAAGGUAUGAUUUUGAAGGGCAGGUUCAGUCGCCAACAUUUACCGCACAUCCGAAAUUUGAUCCUGAGACUGGUGAGAUGAUAUGUUUUGGCUACGAAGCUGGUGGAGAUGGAAAUGAUGGAUCGUGUGAUGUUGUCGUUUAUACCAUUAAUGCGGAUGGGAAGAAGACCGAGGAGGCGUGGUACAAGUCUCCAUUUUGUGGAAUGAUUCAUGACUGUGGAAUCUCGAAGAAUUAUGUCGUGCUUCCAUUGACCCCGUUGAAGUGCUCAGUGGAUCGUUUGAAGAAGGGUGGCAAUCACUGGGCAUGGGACCCCGAGGAAAGUCAAUGGUAUGGUGUUAUUCCCAGGAGAGGAGGGAAACCAGAGGACAUCAAAUGGUUUCGCGCAGAAAACGCUUUUCAUGGUCAUGUCGCAGGCUGCUACGAGAACGAGCAAGGACACAUCGUUUUCGACCUUACUGUAGCCGACGGCAACGUAUUUUUCUUCUUCCCACCCGAGAAUCAAGAAUUCGGCAAUUUGGGAGCAAGAAACCAACUCGAAAGCGUCACCCAUCGCUGGGUCUUCGACCUAAACCAAGAAUCAGGAUCAUGGAUCAAGCCCGAGGUUCUCUGGAAUACCAGCGGCGAGUUCUCCCGUAUCGAUGACAGAUAUGUCACAAAGAAAUACAACCAUUUCUGGCAAGCGAAAAUCGACCCCACGAGGGAGUACGAUGCAGCAAAAUGCGGCUCCCCUGCGGGUGGACUGUUCAACUGUCUAGGACACUAUCGAUGGGAUGACCGAUCCGAAGAUGUACUGUGGGCUGGCCCACGAGCUACGUUCCAGGAACCCACUUUCAUUCCGCGGAAAGGGGGGAAAGAGGGGGAGGGGUGGAUCAUCGUGUUGGUAAAUCGGCUAGAUAUGCUUCGUAAUGAUGUGGAGAUCAUCGAUGCGGGGAGUUUAGCGGGUGGCCCCUUGGCAACGAUCCACCUCCCUUUCAAAUUACGGUUGGGAUUGCAUGGGAAUUUUAUCGAUCAUCGAGAUAUUGAGGAGUGGGAGAAACGACGGGCUCCUGGUGGAGACGUGGGACCUGUUCGGGCUGCGGAAAGACCUCUUGACUGGCAGCUUAGCUAUUUGAAAGAUUAA